UCUCCUCGAGUCGAGUCGAGAAUUGUUAGAUUUAGGUCUCCCCCAUAUCCCCAUUCCCAUCUCUCUCUCUCGAGUCUCGACGGCGGCUGCUGCUGCGGCGUCGCCUGCGGUGCGAUGUCGUCGUCUCCGGCGCAUGCUCAGCGCUUCUACUGCCACCAGUGCGACCGCACCGUCCCCAUCCCGCCGCCCACCUCCCCCGACGCCGACGUCCUCUGCCCGUUCUGCGGUGGAGGCUUCGUCGAGGAGCUUGGGGAGGACAUCAACCCCAACCCCAACCCCAACCCUAGCCCCUUCCUGCCACACCACCCCUUCUUCCCCUUCGCCUCCCCAUCCUUCGACCUCCGCAACCCUAGCGACCUCGCGGCCUUCUUCGGGCCCCCCUCCCCCUCCCCCUCCCCCUCCCCAGCCGCCAGGCACUUCGACCCCUCCAACUUCCUCCAUGAUCACUUCACCGGCCUCCUCUCUGGCGGCGCCACCAUCCAGAUCGUCCUCGAGGGCUCCUCCGCCUCCCUCCCCCUCGGGGGCGCCGCCGCCGGGCCCGGGGGGAUCAGCCUCGGCGACUACUUCGUCGGCUCUGGCCUCGAGCAGCUCAUCCAGCAGCUCGCCGAGAACGACCCCAACCGCUACGGCACCCCUCCUGCCGCCAAGUCCGCCGUCGCCGCGCUCCCUGACGUCGCCGUCUCCGCCGACAUGAUGGCCGCCGAUGGAGGGGCCCAGUGCGCCGUCUGCAUGGACGACUUCCACCUCGGAGCUGCCGCCAAGCAGCUCCCCUGCAAACACGUCUUCCACAAGGAUUGCAUCCUCCCCUGGCUCGACCUUCACAGCUCCUGCCCCGUUUGCCGCUUCGAGCUUCCCACCGAUGACCCUCACCACGCCCACCCAACCCUUGGAUCUCACCGCCCCGCCGCACCCGCCUCUGCCUCUGCCUCUCCCUCUCCAGCUCCACCACCUAGGCUGGCUGAGAGAAGGUUCAGGAUAUCGCUGCCAUGGCCUCUCCGUGCUGCGUUUGGCGGCCAGGCGGAGAGCAGCAAUCCUACCAAUCAGGAUCCUGUUGGUGGUUCUACUGAUGCUUCCGGUUCUGGCAACAACAAUGCAACUGGAGGUCAUCGUGGCUACGAUGAUCUUGACUGAAGAGCAUCGGACAAAGAGGGGAUGAGGAGGGGCGAGGGACAUUGUUUGGAGAAGAGGUGCGCCGCGGCAAUGAAGCUAGCCUAUUCCGUUCUAUUCACCUAUCAAUGACGAGAAGAAAUGUUGGAUUUUUUCCCCCUUCCUUAAUUGUGGCAUGGAUUUACUAUUGCUGGUUUUGGGGUCCUCUGGUGGUGUAGAGAAUUUUCUAUGGGGGCCCUUUUCUUGGUGACAUGGACAUAGACUGGUGGUGAAAAAAAAGAAAGGAUGGUGGUGGGGAUGUUAUACAUUUUAAGUACUAUAUGUUACUUGUCAUAUAUACAUAUCUGGGAGAUCUGAAAGCUUUCCUCUGA